AGAGUGGAGGAGGGAGGGAGGGAGAAGCUGCUAGAAGGGAAGGGCGGAUAAUAAUGCUGCUGCUGCUUCUGCUGUAGCGAACAGGCAGGUUCAUUAAUGGAAAGGUACAGAGACAGCUGAGAUAUACCUGUAUGUGGGGAGAGGAUCCGCUGGGGAAAGCCUCGCUGGAGCAGUUUGGACCGAAACACUGUGACCAAAACCCCCGCAAGUGCGACUUCUUAGUCCAAGCACAAGAGAUUACAUUCUAGAAGUCAACUGAAGCAACAAAGCCAGCCAUGUCAACUCACGAUUCAGAGGUGUACACGGUGGCACCGGAGAUGCCAGCCAUGUUUGAUGGGAUGAAGCUGGCAGCCGUUGCCACCAUCCUCUACGUCGUCGUCCGGUGCCUCAACCUGAAAAGCCCCACAGCCCCUCCAGACCUCACCUACCAGGACACAGCGCUCAACCGCUUCCUGCUAAAGUCCUGCCCCCAUCUGACCAAAGAAUACAUUCCUCCUUUGUUGUGGGGAAAAAGUGGCCAUUUGCAGACUGCCCUGUACGGCAAGCUGGGCAGGGUCAGUUCACCCCAUCCGAAAGGCCAACGCAAGUAUCUGCCUAUGCAGGAUGGCGCCACAUCGACUUUUGACCUCUUUGAGCCUUUGGCAGAUCAUCAGAGCGGAGCUGACAUCACAAUGGUGAUUUGUCCGGGGAUCGGGAACCACAGCGAGAAGCACUACAUCCGCACGUUCGUGGAUUACUCGCAGAAACAAGGCUACCGCUGUGCUGUGCUCAACCACCUUGGGGCCUUGCCAAACAUCGAGCUCACCUCUCCCCGCAUGUUCACCUAUGGCUGUACAUGGGAGUUCGCAUCCAUGGUCGGCUACAUCAAGAAGAUGUAUCCCCAGACCCAGCUGAUUGUGGUGGGUUUCAGCCUUGGGGGCAACAUCGUCUGCAAGUUCCUGGGAGAGAACCGUGCCAACCAGGAGCGAGUGCUGUGCUGUGUGAGCGUCUGUCAGGGCUACAGUGCACUCAGGGCUCAGGAGACCUUCCUGCAGUGGGACCAGUGCCGGCGCUUUUAUAACUUCCUCAUGGCAGACAACAUGAAGAAGAUCAUCCUGUCCCACAGGGAUAGCCUGUUUGGGGGAGGUUCUCCAAAGAUGGCCGAUGCGGAUCUGAGACGCCUCUACACCGCCACAUCCCUCAUGCAGAUUGACGACAACAUCAUGAGAAAAUUCCAUGGCCACAAUUCCUUAAAAGAGUACUAUGAGAAAGAAAGCUGUGUCCAUUUCAUUCACAACGUCAAUGUUCCACUGUUGCUGGUGAACUCUGCUGAUGAUCCUCUCGUUCACGGCUCUUUACUCACCAUUCCUCGCACCCUUGCAGAAAAGAAAGAGAAUGUCCUUUUUGCCCUCACGUUGCACGGCGGGCACCUGGGCUUCUUCGAGGGUGCUGUUCUGUUUCCUCAGCCUCUUACCUGGAUGGACAAGGUCAUCGUGGGCUACGCCAACGCCAUGUGUCAGUGGGAGAAGCAGAAGCCAGCGUGCAAAAGCCAGGGCGCUCACAACACAGAGACCAAAUGCUCGGACAGUACAUCUUAACCUUUCACCUCCUUCACUCCAUGACCGCUCGCCCUCCAUACACACACACAUAUAUACAUACAUAUACAAACACAUACAUACCAUUCUGACCACUCUAACCUACCACAAGUCAGUCACAACACACACACACGUGCUUUUUAAAAAAAAGGACGAGUAGGUAGCCUUUCCAGAGCAAGAAAAACGACAGGGAAAAAAGCGUAAUGACCAAAAACGAGCAGACUCAUGCCGAGCGCUGGGUACACAGUAGUACACAGUCUGUAGUCCAGAUUAGAUACGUAGAUUCACACGGACUCUUGAUUAGCGAUUAUUGUGCUACAUAUAGGAGAGAAAAGGACGCUCAGCAACUCGCAGCUGCUUGUGUGGAAAUGCUUCAUUACAAGCAGCUGCUGUGGACCAUCACAUCACACCUCUCUGUACUCUGUAUUUAACCAGCGGAGAACGGCGGUUAUGCAGGCACUGUGUGCUUACAGCUAGAACAGACAUGCUGCUGGUUUGCCUCUUCUGUUGGGUACUUCGUUCUUCAUAGUUCGCUGCUGUUAAACGUGCUCUCCGCUCAGACCCUGUCAGAUUUUUCAUUGCUCUUUGAAUUGCACAAUUGUUAAAGAACAAACACACCACCAACAGAUUCUGUCAACUCAACUGGUGGAACUGAUUCCAACGUUAUUUAGAUUCCUCCGUUUGAUGACAUUCUUAAUUUUUUUUUUAUAUAUAUGUUAAUGUUUUAAUUAAAAGGACACUUCAGUGUUUUCAGUCUGAAAAAUCAAUCUCCAUCUGCUGCAUCUGUAGCUUUGGAUUGACUACCAGAAGCAUGAAGGGGAAAAAAGACACAGUUAAAGCCAUCUGAAAGCUGAAAGAUUUUUUAGCUGCUGAUAUUUUUUCUAAUUUCUGUAUAUUUUGUUCACCUUUAUUGUUGAGGUGGUGAGUGUAAAAGAAAAGAAAAACUGCUACAGUGGUUUGACCCUGAGGAUUGACACUUUGUUUUAAAUAUUUAAAAGAUUUAAAGAUUUAAAAUUUGGCCUACAGUGUAUUUGUUAAAAAAUACAUUCAGACUGCAAAGAAUGCAACAACAGUCAUUGAGCAACAAAUUAGAAAAAUAAAAAAUGCAGCCCCUUGCGCAACAAAGUAGUCAGUCCAUCCCUUUUCUUAAUGGUAAUUAUUAUAUAGAAAUUCCCACACACUACAAUUACAUACUACCAAUUGUUUCCAUUGGGUUUGGAUAGAGAAUAAAAUGGCUAUAUUAAGAAAUUUAGAGAGAUUUUCUACAGUUUCAGCUAUUUCACACCAAACCCUGCUUAGCUGCAGCAGAGCUGCUCAAGCUAUCGAAACAGAAUACUGGAUUGGACUUUUUGUUUUCUGGAGUUGCAGCAGAUGGAAACUAGUUUGAAAAAAACUUGAGUGCUCCUUUAUAAUAUUAAAAGCACUUUAUAUUAUUUUAUUUGCCAUAUUCAUUGACUAAUUAGCAGAGAUUUGAAGAUUAAACCAGAGACUAGUUGAGAAAAGUAUAUAAUGCAACAAGAGAACUAAAUGGAGGAAGGAGAGAUGUUCACACUAAGUGACUAAAUGACUCUAUGAUCCCUUAUGUUCACCAAAGCCUGUUGCGUUUCUUUUUUUUUAUGUAUAAAAAAAGAGUAGCCAUGUAGUUCACUGUUGUCUGGGACAUUUGUCUCUGUCUCAGCAUGUCUUGGACACCUAUGAAUGUGUCUUAGGUUGUUGAGCACUGUUGAUAACGCCGUUCUGAUCUGCAGUUGUUUGGUUAAGAGUUUGGUUGUGGAGCUGUAGGUCCAGCAGGAGACGUCAGUGCACAUGUUUUGAACUUUGCGUCUGUGAAAGCUGGCUUGUUUGGUUAAACUCUGUUCACUCUGUACAGUGUGCUCGAGGAUCAGGCUGGAUGUUUGUCUGGGUGUCCGUUUUGUGUUGCAGUAGAUGUGAGAUGAAGUGUCUUGGUUUGCAGCGCCCCCUGCUGCCAGGUUUUGUAUUUGAUUUGAAAAGAAAAAGGACAUUUGUAGAUGAACAGGAACAGUCAAGGGAAGUAAAAAAAAAAAGGAAAAGCUACAGUCUUACCUUAAUAAAGGUGAUUCAGAUGUUUCUUUGAGUGAUGCUAUAGAAGAACUGCUUCUAAUCCAUUUCAAGUUUGAAGUACCUUCGAAACGUCUGAAGCAUCUUCACUUAACGUUCCUGAAAGUUCUUUAGCAGCUUAAAAGUUUUUUCACACUUAAGACUUUUAUGGAUCACUUGUGGUAAACAUGUGAAGCACUUUUAAGAGUGUAAGAUGGAGAGAACAGUACAGAAAAGCAGUUUUGGGACACUGUGGAUAACAAGUUUUAUGUUUAUGGUCAUUGUUCUUACUGUAUCUAAAAGUGCACAAUAUGGACAAAAGUAUUGAGUUAUCCUGCUUUUGCUGGAGUAUCUGUUCAAACAUUUAUAGGAAUUAUUUGGCUAUAACAAACAAAAACAAACCAAAAAAACAAUAUAAAAUAAAUAAAUGGACACUAAUUUAUUAAUGUUCUAAAAAAUAUUGUUUCAUGAAAGUAAUUUACAUUGAUUUCUUUGUAACUGGGAUCCACUGAAAUGAAACUAAUAAAAUCAAACAACCAAACAAAUAAAAACAUUUUUGCACUGGUUUACAUUCAUUUUGUCUUUUUUUUUAUACAAGUGCCUAAAUUAAAGAGCCUAAGAGGUAUUUUUGUUGUGUUUUUUUUUUUUUUUUUUUUUUUUUAAAGAAACUUCAAUUUAUAAAACUACAAUUAAACAAUAUUUAUUGAACACUGAUCAUUUUUAACAUACCAGCGGACCAACAAAGCACAAUAUGACAAGUAAUUUUUUGGUAUAAAUUAUUCAGUAUAUUUGUUUAUUUAAUGAAAAAAAUAUUCAUCAUAAUGUUUUGCCUUUUUUUUUUUUUUUUUUUUU